AAAACAGUGAGCGAGCAGAAGAACUAUUAAAUCUGUGUCCACUGACUUCUUUUAACUAGUCUGUAUGCUUCAGGACUACAAGAAAAUACAACAAUGAGGACGGCAAUUAUCUUUAUCUGCCUUUUAGGAAUAGCCUGUGCUUUCUCAGCAAAAAGCUUCCGCAGAAGAGCAAAAUCAGAUGAUUCAGAAGAAAAUGCGGUUUUCAAGAACAGACACAGAUAUUAUUUUAACAGAUAUGCCUAUGUGUAUCCUCCACAAAGAAGAAUUCAGAACAGUGAUUCAUCAGAAGAAGAUGGGGGGGAUGGUGACAGCUCAGAGGAGGAGGAGGAAGAAGAAGAAGGGCAGGAGCAAUCAAAUAAAGGAAACAACGGAGAGAAUGAAGGUGAAGAAACGACUACAGAGACUCUCACAGGAACGAUGGCUGUAGGCAAGGGUCUUGGUAAAGGAGAAACCAAAAUCCCUAAGGAGCAAGACAGCAAAGGUCCCAAGAAUGCUGGAGAGAGAGAAAACUCUAAAAAGGGGGGCAAAGGUGGGAAGAGUGAAGGCUCAGAAGACGAAGAAGACAGCGACGAGAACAAUGAGGCAGAAAAUGAAGAAGAGGAGGCAGAAAAUGAAAAAGUGGACGAGAAUGGCAAUGGCGGCAAUGGCACCAGCACCAAUAGUACAGACGGAGAGAAUGGGAAUGGCGGCAAUGGAGAUGCUGAGGAAGAGGAGAAGGAAGAAAACGAAGUGACGACCAUCGUUCUCACCACCACGGCAGAUCAGGGGUUAGAUGUCACCACUCCUGCCGAAGAUGUGGGUGUUUAUGACACCACCACCCCGGCGGAUCUAUUAGAUUAUGAAAAUGGAGAGACCACCACCACUGGCUAUGAAAAUGGCUACGAAAGCCCAACAGAUUAUAACGAUGGCAGGGAGAAUGGGUAUCCCCGAGGGGACAAUUACAGAACUUAUGAGGAUGAAUACGGCUACUACAAGGGACAUGGGUAUGAUGUAUACGGCCAUGAUUACUAUUACAAUCAAUGAACAGUAAGACCAUGACUCAUCUUGUAAAUACUAAUACUCUGCAUGACAAUUGUUUUCAAAGUUCUCAGGAAGGUGCAACAAAAUGUAACAUGAUGCCUGUAUAAAGGGGGUUGGGUCCAUCUUUAAUGAGUGGCAUUACUGCUAACUACUAAAAUGUGCUUGUUAUUAAAGACAUGUUUUGGACAUUAUAUAUGCUCUUGGGGUUUGGAGAUUUUUAAUCCUGGUGCUGAGAAAUAUUAUGUGUCUGGUGGGAUUAUCAAAGUUUUGGUGUAUACUAUAUAUUUGCAGUGUAUUUAAUUGUUGUUUAUAUUAAAAUUAAUUUUAAAGCAACCAAAAUAACCAAU